UUAAAAUUGUUAAUUUGAAUUUUAAUCUUUUCUGUUUUCAACGAAAAAAAGCAUGGCUGGCCCAACCAAAGGUGGUAAACAAGCAACUAAAGGACAGAAACAAAUUUAUCUGGAAAAUAAUGAAACAAUCAAACAUUAUACUUAUAUGUCUUCCAUAUCGACGCUAAUCUAUUUGAUUGUGAUGUUAAUUUAUUGGAGUGAUUUAUUGUUUACAUUCAAAUAUAUUUCAGGAUUCAUUUUCUGUUUAUUUAUUCAUGGAUUUUCACUUUCAAUGAUGAAAUAUAUGGCCAAACCGGUAUUCAAUUCUACCGGUUCAUUGGUUGAUGGUGGUACUGAUCUCAAUAUGGAAAAAGGAUUUGCUGAACAUUUUAAAGAUUUAAUUAUCAUCAAUUCAUUGAUUCAAGUUUUAUCAUUAUUUUCCAAUUAUUUUUGGUAUUGUUGGUGUUUUGUACCAAUAUAUGCAUUCUAUUCAUUAUGGGUAAAUAUUUUAGGACCAUGGUUUUUUGCACCACCACCAGCCGAAGAACAAGUUGAUGAAAAAAAGCAACGAAAAAUGGAAAGAAAAAUGCGUCGUAUGGCUAAUUGAAACGACAAAAAUGAAUGAAUGAAACGACACCAAAUCAAUUAAUCAAAUGGAAAACAUAUUUUAAAAAACAA